AUGUACGACAUCCAAUCUUUGAAGCAAGUCACUCCCGCAGCUGCCAUAAGCGCAGCGGUGGGAGUGUAUGCCCUCUACUUCCUCUACACAUGUUUCUACAACCUCUUUCUCCACCCUCUGCGCAGGAUCCCAGGCCCUAAGCUGGCUGCUAUCGGCCCGUACCUCGAGUUUUACCAUGAAGUCAUAAGAGAUGGUCAGUAUCUUUGGGAGAUACAGAAGAUGCACGAGAAAUAUGGUCCAAUUGUCCGUGUCAAUGACAGAGAAGUCCACAUCAAGGACUCUUCCUACUACCACACAAUCUACACGGCUGGUUCUCGGAAGACCAACAAGGAUCCACCCACUGUCGGUGCUUUCGAUGUCCCCAGUGCGACGGCUGCCACCGUCGACCAUGACCUGCAUCGCCAGCGCCGUGGCUACUUGAAUCCAUACUUCUCGAAGCGUGCUAUCGUCGGCCUGGAGCCUACUGUUCAUGAGCGCAUCACCAAGCUGCUUUCUCGGUUUGAAGAGCACAUGAACAAAAAGAAGGUUCUCUCCUUGGACGGUUGCUUCUCCGCACUGACGGCAGAUGUUAUUACCUCCCGUUUCUACGGUAAGAACCAGGACUAUCUCGGGAUCCCAGACUUCCACUUCGUCGUCCGAGAUGGCUUCCUGGGCUUGUCUCGCGUCUACCAUCUUGGCCGCUUUCUUCCUUCACUGGUCACGCUGCUGAAGAACAUGCCUCACUGGGUCAUUCGUAUGAUCCUGCCUCCUGUUGCCGAUCUUCUCAUCAUGCGUGAGGAAAUCAAGGAAAGAGGAGUUGGUGAAUUCCUGAAGAGCCAGACAUCCGAUUCGAAGUCUUCCGUGCUAGUUGGUGCUCUCGGCAACCCUCAUAUCCCGGCCCACGAGCGUACAGUCGACCGUGUCUUGGAUGAGGGUACUGUCUUCCUGUUCGCCGGCACUGAAACCACCUCUCGUACUCUCGCUAUCACAAUGUUCUACCUCUUGACCAACCCCCCGAUCCUGAAAAGACUACGGGAGGAACUCGAGGGCUUGCCGCCUAGCAAGAACAACGAGCACUCUCUCACCCAGCUCGAGAACCUGCCUUACCUGAGCGGUGUCGUGAACGAAGGUCUUCGUCUCGCUUUCGGACCCAUCAGUCGCUCCUCCAGAGUCGCCACCCAGGAGGACCUCAACUACAAGCACCAUGUUAUUCCUGCCGGAACCCCCGUUAGCCAGUCCACCUACUUCGUCCACACUGACACCAACCUCUACCCUAACCCCGAAAAGUUCGACCCCGAGCGAUGGAUCAAAGCCGCCGAAGAGGGCAUCCCCCUCAAGAAAUUCAUCACCAACUUCUCCCAAGGUAGUAGACAGUGCAUCGGUUACAACAUGUCGUUCGCCGAAAUGUACCUGACUCUUUCUCGUGUUGUCCGGGCCUACGACCUAGAGCUCUAUGACACUACUAUCGAUGAUAUCGAUGUCACUCAUGCCCGUAUCGUUGGAUACCCCAAGGCAAUCCCCGGCAAGUCUGAGGGAACUGGUGAGAUCAGAGUUAAUGUGCUCAAGAAGCUUGAAUGA